GAGUAAGACCAAGCUAAGUUGGCAUCGAUUUUGAGAGACCAGACUGUGCACGUGUUAAGUAAACGUCAUAAUUUUAUAGAUGUUUGACGUUUACAAUAAAACUGCGAUAUCUGGACUGUAAAAAUCGCUGCCAACUUAUCUUGGUCCGACUUUACCUGUAGUAUUUUCACACAGGUUAAGUCAAAAAGUAAAGUAAGUGUUAGGUACGGAGACCACAUAUAUCAUCUUUAUCUGCGCUUCGUGAGAUUUAGGUACACUCCUUUUCACUAGGCCCACAUCACAGCAACCUCCUGCCGCUAGAGGAAGCACUAGCGCAAACCGUAAGCCAUAGAGUAACUUACAUAUCCUUAUAAUGCCUUAAACGACUUAAACAGUUUUAUGACAAUUUUUCAGAGUAUUUUUACGAAUAAAAUUAAGACAUUGAUGCAUCAAGGCAAUUUUUUUAUACUACGUCGGUGGCAAUCAAGCAUACGGCCCGCCUGAUGGUAAGCAGUCUUCGUAGCCUAUGUACGCCGGCAACUCCAGAGAUAUUAUUAACACUCCGCACCCUCGUUGAGCUCUGGUAACCUUACGGCAGGAACACACUAUGAGUAGGGUCGUGUUAUUUGGCUGCGGUUUUCUGUAAGGUGGAGGUACUUCCCCAGUUGGGCUCUGCUCUAGAUUGGAAUGACAUCCGCUAUGCUGUACCCUACCACACAAAGCGAGAUGACAUUCACAAUGCCCAUACCUCUCUUUUGGACGUAAUUUAAAGUUUUUGCUGGCAUCGCCUACUACACAAAAUUUUGUAUAAUAUUUCCUGUUAUGUCCGCUCCGCUUAAGCCGCUUGGUAAGAUAGUUACGCUGCUCUCAACACACAAGCCAGAGCCAAAAGCAGGGGGGGGGGAACAGCCCGAAACGCAGGCUCCUCUACCGCCAGUCGCUCUGCGCCCCCCGUGACGGCCGCCCGCGCCCGGUUCUCUCACCACGGACCAUGUAACUCUCCUCCAGAAUGACGGAUUAUGAGAAGAUAAAGGCGGAGUGCCAGCAGCGCGGGCAGCUGUGGGAGGACCCCGACUUCCCCGCCGCGCAGGCUUCCGUGUUCUACCACCAGACCCCGCCCUUCCACUUCGUGUGGAAGAGGGCCAAGGAAAUAUAUACCGACCCGACUUUCGUGAGAGACAACUGCGAUAUAUUUGACGUAGUACCAGGAAAAUUAGGCGAUAAGUGGCUGGUGUCGUGUCUAUCAGUCCUGUUUCUGAGCAAAGGGUUGCUCUACAGAGUUGUGCCAGCCGACCAGCGGGUGGACGCUGGAUACGCCGGCAUCUUCAGGUUCCGGAUCUGGUGGUGCGGCCAGUGGCUAGAAGUCCUCGUGGACGACCGUCUGCCCACCGUGAAUGGGAAGCUGGCGUUCCUGCAGACCAGCUCCACCGAGCAGCUGUGGCCAGCGCUGUUGGAAAAAGCGUACGCUAAACUCCAUGGUUCCUACGAAGCGCUUAAGUACGGGAGCCUGCUAGACGGCAUGGCGGACCUGACCGGCGGCAUCACGGAGUCCCAACUAGUCCGCGAGCUGAGCGAUGGCCAUGCGCUCGCCAACCUACUCCGCGCUACUAGUGUGGUCACUGCACACUACCAACCUAGCGUGAGUAGAAUAUACAGCACUAAAGUACGGGAGCCUACUAGAGGACAUGGCGGACCUGACCGGCGGCAUCACAGAGUCCCAACAGUCCGCGAGCUGAGCGAUGGCCAUGCGCUCGCCAACCUACUCCGCGCUACUAGUGUGGUCACUGCACACUACCAACCUAGCGGCGUGGAACAGAGGGGCUUGGAGCCAGAAAUGAACUACCGCGUCUACAGCUGCGAAGAUAUAGUGACGGAUGAGGGCCUCAUGCAGCAGGUGCGCUUGCGUCGGCCUCUCACGUCGCGGGACUCGCAGCGGGACGAGGCCGACCGUAAAAUUACCAACGCCGACCGCGAGCGCCUCAACGCACCAAGCAUCGAGUUCACCUUGAGCUUCGUCGACUUUCAACGGCUUUUCCACCGCGUGGAAACCGUCCAUCUUGACGCGGAGACCUCUUGGCCCGAGCCUACCCUCGCGGACAAGAUGAAGUGGCAGGUGAAGAUGCAUCAGGGUGCGUGGAGGAGGGGGGUCACGGCUGGCGGGUGCAGGAAUUAUGUCCACUUCUUCCACAUGAACCCCCAAAUCCAGAUAGUGGUCUCCGAGACCGACACCCUCGUGGUGUCGCUCAACCAGCACAGCGUGAUGGAGCCCAAGGUCAUCGGCUUCAGCAUCUACAAGCUGCCGAAGCUGCUCGUCGAGACCGCCACCCCGAAUCAGUUCAAGAAGUUAAAGAGCACUGUGAACUCCCAGUAUACGAAUAGCAGACAAGUCAGUCACAGAUGCGACCUCCAGCCCGGCUCCUACCUCAUCAUGCCGACGACCUUCGAGCCGCGUGAAGAAGCCAACUUCUCCCUCCGAAUCUUCUCCACCAAGACCAUAAGGAUGCGGGCCUUGGACUCCGCCCCGCAGAUGAUCAAAGCUGCCGUCAUCAGGGCUCCACCUGGCUUGGAACUUAGCCGAUCAGUCAGUCCUGAACAUGAAGAACUAAAGCAGCUCUUCGCCCAGUACGAGGCGAUCUUCCUCCAGCUAGCCGACGAGCACCGCACCAUCGACGCCUUCGAACUCCAAGAGUUGCUGGACGCCUGUCUGCCCAACGACUAUAUCAAAAGCUGUGCGUCCAUCGACACGUGCAAACAGAUUGUGCUGUCGCUUGAUAAAACAGGCACCGGUCGCAUCAGCCUCGCCAACUUCAAGGACCUGAUGUGCUCCCUAAAGCACUGGCAGAUGGUCUUCAAGGCCCACGCGCGGGAGAAGAUGGGAGUGUUGCUCGCGGAGCGCCUCAGAGACGCGCUACGAGAGGUGGGCUUCGUGGUCCCAGACAGGGCUAUGACCCUACUGCUGCUGAGAUACAUGAGGAAAGAUGGGAUGCUGCGGUUUGGAGACUUCGUGUCCACCGUCAUGCACUUGCAUCGAGCGUUCAACGUGUUUUACACAAACGCAGCCACAUCCAACUACAUAAACCUGAACCUAUCUGAGUGGCUGAAGUGUGCGCUGACCUGUUAGCCAUCAGUCGGACACCAGUCGUUCUUGUUCUGUUUGUGUUAAGGACGAUUUCAUAUCGGCAUUGAUAAUAAACUAGUUUUAAAGUGACAUCUACAUAUAUAGGUAUUUUUGUGGUAAUCGUAUACUAUAUGGAUGCUUAAAUAUUUGUCAUUAUUAACAGAUAAAAAAAAUACUCGUCCGUUUUCCACAGUAAUUCAUAAAAAUAAUCAAGUUAUUACUUUUACAGUACAUAAGGUGCUACUUUACCGCACUAGUGCGAAAAUUAGCAUAUUACGUUACUGUAUCGAACAUUUAAAGGGCCAUAUGGACUGUAAAACGUUGUACGAUACAUGUGCGAAUAAGUAAUUCGCAACUCGUGUGGAUUUAAAACACUCCCUUCGGUCGUGUUUUAAUUUAUCACCACUCGUUUCGAAUUCCCUAUUUUUCGCACUUGUAUCGUAAUGUACUAUUGACAUAUUUCACAAUAUAAUUAUGAAAUAAUUUGAAUUCUUAAUUGCUAUUAAGGUGGUUCGACUAGGUUACCCAAAGCUUAAACCUCACCAGAUGGCGCCACAAUUGCAAAUUUUGAGUUUUAAUUUUUUUGUGGAGUAGUCUUGGUAUUUCUAUACUGUAAAUUAUGUUUAGCGCACUCUUUAAAUAAAUAUUGAACUAUUACAACAAACAUUGAACACUUCAUUGUACAAAAACUACCCCUUAAUGUCGACAGAAUGUUUCUUGACUCUAUUUCUAAGUAUCACUCACACAUUCAAACAGUCUUACUGGGAUCCUUGUAGUAGACAAUUUGGCACAGCGUGAGUAGGCUUCAAUAGCGUUGCGGUAUGUACGUGGAAAUACAUGCAAGAGGAUGUGGGUUCGAGACUCAUUAAUUUUUUUUUGUUAUCAGUAUUAUCAAGUAGGUACCUAUUAUUAAUAAAUUAUUUUAUGAGAAAUAUGAGCGUUUUCCAUAAAAAUAUUAAAAAUCUGAUUCUCACACAUCAUGAUAUUUUUGGGUUCUUCCAACUCAGAAUCACUAGCAUAAUCAAUCCUCGUGCUAAAAAAAUCCCGAAAAUUUGUAUU